CACAUCCCGAUCGUUACAGCAACACUCAGAGUGGAUGAAAUUUACAAAACACACGACAACAGUACCUUGCUUAAAGGAGCCGUGAUCGAUGUGGUACCGCAAUCAAACUCAGCGUGUAUUUAAAGAAAACCAUCCUUGGCUUGGAUUUUGAACGGAACAUAUUCAAAGUGGUUUUCUUAAAGAAUUGAGCCAGGAUUAACAAGUGGAGACAUACGUUAAUGUGGGACUCAGCCGCAGAAAUAUAAAAAGGGAUUAGCCUACUUGGCAAAGGUUAAGAUGAGAAAACAAUAUCUGUAAAUUAGGACCAGCUGCUCAGGACUUCUACAGAAGUGGUCCAUCGGACAAGAAUGGCUUGAUUUUGUAUGUUAAUGAUGGGCAGAUUUUGACAGCAGCACUCAUGCUUCAGGGAAAGAAAAAGAAAGUUUGUAGUGUCUGAGUUGGAUGUUAUGUCCUGAGACACGUUUUGUUGUCUAUAUUGUUAUUAUUCGGCAAAACCACGUGUUUGGUGACAGAUAUUCACCAUGUCCAAAGUGAUCCAAAAGAAGAAUCACUGGACCACUAAAGUUAACGAGUGCGCGGUCCUAAAAGACGCUCGCGGUGAGUUGAAUGUCCCACUGCUCGGUGGCGCGGAGAAUGGCGAGUUUGCCUACGUCGGACAAGUUCACGAGGAUAUCGUGGUUUACAAAAGUGGAAAAUUAACCGAGGGGGAGUUGAUAUUGGAAGUAGAAAACCUCUCGAUCUCUGGGUUGCCCCUGUAUGAUUUACAGACAAUAAUAAAGAAUUGUAAGGGCCCCAUCAGAUUCAAAACAGUUCGACAAGGAAACAAGCUGAAUAAGGACUUGAAGCACUACCUGAGCCAGCGCUUCCAGAAGUCGUCCCCGGACCACGACCUGCAGCAGACAAUCAGAGACAACCUGUACCGUCACGCCGUGCCUUGUACAACCCGCCCCCCGCGUGACGGAGAGGUCCCUGGAGUAGAUUACAACUUCCUGCCUGUGAAGGAUUUCCUGGCGCUGGAACAGAGUGGAACCCUUCUGGAAAUAGGAACAUAUGAAGGUAACUAUUAUGGAACACCCAAGCCGCAGAGCCAACCCCCUAGUGGGGAAGUGAUUACGAGUGAUGCUUUGCAAGACAGCCUCCCGGGCUCCCAGCACUCCACUCCCCGACGCAGCAAGUCCUACAAUGAGAUGCAAAAUGCUGGAAUAGUGCCUGCAGACCUGGAGGAGGACGAGGAACUCCCGGAGAUGAGCAGUAGCUUUACAGGAGACUCAAGUGAACCCGACGAGCACCCAGCCGUGCACCCCUACGCCCUGCGUGACAGCGCCCCGUCCUACAGUGUGAACAGCGCCCGGUCGUCCACCACGGACGGCUCUCAGCAGAUACACACACCCCUCAGCCAUCCUCCCACGGAAGAGGAUCCCCUUGGACCUCUACCUGACAGCUGGGAGAUGGCCUACACCGAGAACGGAGAGGUGUACUUCAUAGACCACAACACAAAGACUACUUCCUGGAUCGACCCCCGGUGCCUGGACAAACCUCCAAAACCCCUGGAAGAAUGUGAAGACGAUGAAGGAGUACACACGGAAGAGCUGGACAAUGAGCAAGAGCUGCCGCCCGGCUGGGAGAAGAUAGACGAUCCAGUCUACGGGGUUUACUACGUGGAUCACAUAAAUAGAAAGACCCAGUAUGAGAACCCAAUACUGGAGGCCAAGCGGCGGAAGCAGGUCGAGCAACAGCAGCCACCAGAAGGUGAGCGCUACAUCCGAGAAUGGAUAGAGGACGCCACCUUGGCUGGUGCCCCCCUGGCCAACUAUACAGCCAACCACCAAGAGACCUACAGGGAGCCUCAGGCCGGACCUCCACUGCCUCCCCUCAUCGGGCCCAAACGAGGGAAGCCCUUCUUCACAAGAAACCCAGCUGAACUAAAGGGAACCUUUAUCAACACCAAACUGAAGAAGAGCCACCGGGGAUUUGGCUUCACUGUCGUGGGAGGAGACGAGCCUGAUGAGUUCCUGCAGAUCAAGAGCCUGAUUCUGGACGGACCCGCCGCUCUGGACGGCAAGAUGGAAACAGGUGACGUGAUCGUGAGUGUCAAUGACGUGUGUGUGCUGGGUUACACCCACGCCCAGGUUGUGAGGAUCUUCCAGACCAUCCACAUCGGCUCCAUGGUCAACCUAGAGCUGUGCCGUGGCUACCCCUUGCCGUUUGACCCGGACGAUCCCAACACCAGCCUGGUGACCUCCGUGGCGAUCGUGGACAAGGAGCCCAUCAUCGUCAACGGCCAGGAGAGCUACGACUCCCCGUCCAGCCACGGCAGCCAGCCCGGCGGGCCGGUUAAUGGGAUCAGGGAGUCUCGACCCCACAGUCCCUCCUCCGCAGAGUUGGGGUCCAACGGUUUGCAUGGUUACCCCAGCGACUCUGUGACGUUGGCGUCGUCCAUAGCAACGCAGCCGGAGCUGAUCACGGUGCACAUGGAGAAGGGGGAUAAAGGCUUCGGGUUCACCAUCGCCGACAACCCGGCGGGCGGGGGACAGAGGGUCAAGCAGAUAGUGGACUAUCCCCGCUGCAGGGGCCUGAAGGAGGGGGACAUUAUCGUGGAGGUGAACAAGAGGAACGUCCAGAGCCUGAGUCACAACCAGGUGGUGGACCUGCUCAGCAAGUGCCCCAAAGGAAGUGAGGUCACCAUGCUGGUGCAAAGAGGUGGAGGGGUGGCACCUGUGAAGAAGAGCCCAAAGCUGCAGUUAGCGAGGAAGGACAGUCAGAACAGUUCUGUCCACAGCGUAUCCAGCCACCGGAGUACCCACACCACGGACUCACCUCUGCACCAGUCCCUCGCCCCCCCUUUUAGCGAGAGCGCCGCCCCGCCACCCCCAUCCCAGCCCCUGCCUGGCCUGCCCCUCCAGCAGGACCCGCUGGCAGACGGGACCAUCCAGAGGAAACCAGACCCCUUCAAGAUCUGGGCCCAGUCGAGGAGCAUGUAUGAAAGUAGGCUACCUGAUUCCCAAGAGCAGGACAUCUUCCUGUGGAGGAAGGACACGGGGUACGGGUUCCGGAUCCUGGGAGGGAACGAGGCUGGAGAACCGAUCUACAUAGGGCACAUAGUAAAGUAUGGUUCAGCGGAUGAGGACGGACGCCUGCGUUCGGGGGAUGAGCUCAUCUGUGUGGACGGCACGGCAGUGGUGGGGAAGUCUCACCAGCUGGUGGUGCAGCUGAUGCAGCAGGCCGCCAAGCAGGGCCAUGUCAACCUGACGGUACGACGCAAGACCAGCUUUGGAGGGUCUAAAGGGGAGAGCGAUGUGCCCCCAUCCCCGGCCUCAUCCCAUCACAGCAGCACUCGCGCCCCCUCCCUGACCGAGGAGAAGCGGACCCCCCAGGGCAGCCAGAACUCCCUUAACACGGUCAGCUCCGGCAGCGGCUCCGGCAGCGGCUCCACCAGCGGCAUCGGGAGCGGGGGUGGCGGGGGCUCUGGGAGUGCCGUGGUCAACACGGCCCUGCAGCCCUACGAUGUGGAGAUCCGGCGCGGGGAGAACGAGGGCUUCGGGUUCGUCAUAGUCUCCUCCGUCUCCCGACCUGAGUCUGGCACCACCUUUGCUGGAAAUGCAUGUGUGGCCAUGCCCCACAAAAUAGGGCGUAUCAUUGAGGGGAGCCCUGCGGACCGCUGUGGGAAGCUGAAGGUUGGGGAUCGGAUCCUGGCUGUCAACGGCUGCUCCAUCACCAACAAGUCCCACUCGGACAUCGUCAACCUGAUCAAGGAGGCUGGGAACACCGUCACGCUUAGGAUCAUUCCUGGAGAUGAGUCGUCUAACGCAUCACUGCUGACCAACGCUGAGAAGAUUGCCACCAUAACAACCACUCACACGCCUCAACAACAGGCGGCGCCCGAGCCCAGAAACAACACCAAACCAAAACAGGAGUCCUCUUUCGAGUUCAAGUCCCCCCAGGGCCCUCCCCCCCCUGCCCCGACGACGCAACCUCCAGCCGAGGAUUCCGAUUUCUAUUCGGUGGACCUGGAGAGGGACAAUAAAGGUUUUGGGUUCAGUCUGCGAGGAGGUCGUGAGUACAACAUGGACCUGUACGUGCUGAGACUAGCCGAGGAGGGUGCGGCCGUACGCAACGGCAUGAUGAAGGUAGGAGACGAGAUCCUGGAGAUAAAUGGUGAGAGCACCAAAGGCAUGACGCAUGCCCGUGCCAUCGAACUCAUCAAAAACGGCGGACGCCACGCCAACCUAGUGCUAAAGAGGGGGGACGGAUCGGUGCCUGAAUAUGACCCCGGCGUCAACCCUGUCAGUCCAGCCGCAGGGGUACAAAACGCUUCGGAAGUGAGCGCCCCGCCCCACGACCAUGCACCAUCGGACACCAACGCACCAGACCCUCACAAACCAUCCCGGAGCAAGGACAAGAAGGGCCACCACCAUUCCAAACACCGAAACCGCUCCCCCGAAAAGAGCAGGCACCGGGGGGAGUCCAAGCAGUCCAACCAGAAAGGCGACAGGAGCAAGAGGUCUGGCGGGGACAGCCACGGCACUCACCACCAACACCGCAGCGGUCACCACCACCGGAGACACCGCUCCCCGGAAAAGGCCCGAGGCCGGGCCCGCAGCGCGGAUAACACACUGGACACCAGACACGGGAACCGAGGGAGGCGUGGACGCUCUCCUGCCAGGCACCACAACACCCACCGCUCCCCUUACCGGUCCACCCACCGCUCCCCUUACCGGUCCACCAACCGCUCCCCUUACCGGUCCACCAACCGCUCCCCUUACCGGUCCACCAACCGCUCCCCAUAUAGGUCAACCCACCGCUCCCCUCACAGGUCCCCUCAACGCCAUCAGUCACCCUACGGGCACCGCUCCCCCACUCACUACCACCGCACUCAGUCCUCUGACCCCUACAGGCUGCCAUCCCCAGACAGACAGAGGGGUCGUGUGGCGGAGAGGGCUUACAGGGAAAUGGCUCCAGAGACGCUGAGGAAGCCUCUUGCCCCCGUGUCAAACUCCUUCCUGGAGGACAGCGUCCUACCGGAGCCCCCAGGCCUGGACCGGCUCAACAGGGAAGCCACUCUGCUGAGGGAGCCCCGAGAGGUGCGCCGGUAUGGGGAGGACAGUCUCCUGAUGAGGGCCUCCAACCAGGAACCUGGCUACAGAGGAGAUGGCCUGUUAUAUGCAGCCGCCCGUAGCCAGAGAGGAGAGACCCUUCCCCGAGUCCGCACCCCAGAGUCUGACAGCGCCUACAAGAUGUACAGCUCUCUGCUGAGAGGCCACUCAUCUGAGAACAUGGACAGAGAGCUGCGCUACGUGCCCCGGGAGCAGUCCCCAGACACCCGUUAUAGAGCCCGGAGCCUGGGCCGAGACAUUGCACUUGUCAGGAGCUUAGGAGAACCAGAAGAUGAAGGAGAGGAGGAAGAGGAGGGGGCAGCUGCACCCAGGUUGAAGGAGUACUACAGCACACUCAAGUCUGAUGCCAGUCGUCCUUACAAAGCCCCCCCCGAGCCCAAGCGGAAGGGCUACAAAGAGAGCCCCAAAGACCUGAGCAUCUGAUGAUUCACAGUCAGCCUUCCCUGUCCAAGGCACCACGGAUCCCCUCUGAACACUUGGCUCUAUUCUACACACCCAGACCUGGACGAGCGUAACUUAUUAAUGAUAUGACAUUUCUGCUUUCCUACUGGGCAAUGUUUCCUAAACCUAUCAACUUUUAAAAGCGGACGUUUUAACCUUUUCUUUUGUUCUUUAAAUUUUUUUCUUCAGUUCGUUUUUCUUGGGUCGUCUUUUUUUUUUGGUCGUUUGGUUAAGCAUUGUACAUUUAUCUGAAUUUUACAGAAACUGUAAAACCACAAAAAAACUGAUGUGCCUAACAGUUCCAUUAAUGAGCGUAUUUUUAUUUAAUUUGAUAUGAGACUGGUGUUUUCCUCAGCCAUCUGUCUGACUGGUAUGUACUUUUCCACUGCCCAUGGAGGCAGGCAGAACAGUCCCAGUUACUGGUGCCACCCACCCAGAUGCUGUGCAUGUCUUUAGGGUUUCCACAUCUUCUCUGUUCUUCCUCUCUCCCAGUGCCACUGUUUUUUAGACAUUUUAUCAGACUAUAGCACAAGCCUGCAUUUGUUUGUAUAUUUUUGACAGUUUGCAGUAUGUGUACAUUCAGAAGUAAUCAUUUUAAAAGAAUGAAGGGAUAAAUAAAGUUAAACUAUGAUGUUAAAAUUAAAAAAAAUAUAUUAAAAAUUAUCUUCAGUGUCCAUGUCUUGGUAUUAUUAUUAAAUUGGUGUAAAUGUGUGACAUUGAUGUGCACCUUACUACCUCGUUACUUUCCAAAUAUUUAAUGUA